GUGGUGCGUCGAAUUACAUUUGCCGACUGAAAAUCCUCCUCAUGACUAAAAGCUGCACCUGAGCUCCUCAGUAGAUAGAGCAAUAUCCUGUUCGUUGCUUCAUCUCCAGUCCCCAGUUUGCACAGCCCCAGCGGCAACAGAGUAUAGAUGGUGUAAAAUCAUUUUCAUUCAGACAGUGUUCUCAUGGCCGGCAGAAGAAUCGUGGUCUUCCCCUCCUCGGUGGAGCUUGGUCCGGUGCUGGCCCGUCUGGUGACAUCUCGGGCUGAGAAGGCCAUCGCCUCUCAUGGCCGGUUCACCCUGGGGCUCUCUGGGGGAAGCCUCGUGUCCAUGCUCGGCAAAGAGCUGCCUGCCCUACCAGAGCUGGACUGCAGCAAGUGGGUGGUUGGCUUCUGUGACGAGCGACUGGUUUCCUUCGACGAUCCUGAGAGCACCUAUGGGCUUUACAAGAGUAAAUUGUUUUCCAAGGUCAACAUCCCCGACAGUGGGAUCUUAACCAUUGAUUCCUCUCUGCCAGUGAGCGAGUGUGCUGAGGAUUAUACCCGUAAACUGAAGGAGGCCUUCCCAGAUGACCACUUCCCUGUGUUUGACUUGUUGCUCCUGGGUAUGGGGCCUGACGGACACACCUGCUCUCUCUUCCCGGACCACCCUCUCUUGGAGGAAACCACGAAGAUUGUGGCCCCCAUCAGUGACUCUCCCAAACCACCGCCCCAGCGUGUAACUAUGACUCUUCCAGUGGUGAACGCUGCACGCUGUGUGGCUUUUGUAUCAACAGGAGGAAGCAAAGCACCCAUUUUGAAGGAAGUGCUGGAGGGCAGAGAGGGUCCAGAGUUUCCAGCAGCCCGUGUUGUCCUGACCAACGGCGAGCUGUUCUGGCUUGUUGAUGACCCUGCAGCUGCCUCCCUAACUACCCAGGUAGAGAGGCUGAGCUCAGGGGCCAAACUGUAGAGCUUUUUUCAACACUGACACGAAAACCUGAAUGAAGAGACUGGAAAAUAGUUCAGAACAUUUAACAGGAAAGCAAAACUGGUUUACGCAGUGGAGAUAGUGACAUAGGAUGUGGAGAUGAAUAAUAAUUUCCAUCUUAAGAUUUAGCACUUACUGUGUGUGUGUGUGUGUGUGUGUGUGUGUGUGUGUGUGUGUGUGUGUGUGUGUGUGUGUGUGUGUGUGUGUGUGUGUGUGUGUGUGUGUGUGUGUGUGUGUGUGUGUGUGUGUGUGUGUGUGUGUGUGUGUGAGUGAGAGAGAGUCAGUCAGUCAGUCAGAGGGUUAGAUAUAUUCUAACUUGCAGAUAUGCUUGCAGUGCACUUUCACUCAGAAUUAACUUUUCAGCAAAGUGGGACACAUCUUGCAUCCAGCAAUUAAACUUUUGAAAUAAAAUGACUGAUGUGCAAUCUGUGGGUAAAAAAAUCACAUCAAAUAAAAGUAUGCAGAGUAUUUCUGGAUCUUCAUAAUAGUAAACUGUACAUAUACAGUACUGUCAACACACACAAAAAAACUUGUUCUGCUCAUUGGCUCUGAGUUGCAUUCACACCCCUUCAAAAUAUAACUUUGCACCUUUGACACUGAAAAUCAGCACUUAUCUGCAGCUUUCGGCGCGCCUUGCAACUAUCCAUGGCAUUUUCAGCAACAUUUCAAAUGAAUAAAAUGCCAAUUAAACAUU